CCUACCAUGGAGACGGGCAUCGGAUCCGUGGACGGGCCCAAGGGGGCGCCGAGCGGCGCGGUGGCGUGCCCCGCCACGUUCCCGGCGUCGGCGCCCACCUUCGUCGGCUCCCCUUCCGCCACGCUGGGGCGCCACCUGGCGCGGCGCCUGGUGCAGAUCGGCGUGAGCGACGUGUUCGCCGUGCCGGGCGACUUCAACCUGACCCUCCUCGACCACCUCAUCGCCGAGCCCGGGCUGCGCCUCGUCGGCUGCUGCAACGAGCUCAACGCCGGCUACGCUGCGGACGGGUACGCGCGCGCUAAGGGCGUCGGCGCGUGCGCCGUCACCUUCACCGUCGGCGGGCUCGCC